ACCCACACCUCCCAGGGCCUCCGGAGACUACAGCGCUACCCUUCAGCCUUCGGAGCCAAACCAAGACGUUACUGGUGUGUUCCGGGAGGGCAGCUCCUCCCCCUCCCGGAUCCGUGCAGCAUAGGCAGGGGAUCCCCUGGCGUCUCCAAAGUCUAGCGCCAAGAUGAUGUUUUCCCGAGGGUGGGUGAUAAAUCGGAACCCUGAGCGGCCCGAGGGGGCACCUGACCAUCACGGCUCUGGAGGAUGGGGGAUGGAGGUUUGGAAGGUGCCGGAGUGACAGAAGGCGUUUACCUGGCUACGGAGACAGAAGCGCAGGGGAAGGAGGCAGGAGAAGAGGCAACUCAGGAGUGUGGCCCCUGAGAAGAUUCCAAGCACCACAACAGGUUGGAAGGGAGCAUGGCUCAGCAAGAUGGAAAGAGAUCAGAAUCCUGAAAAUAACAGCUGCAGGAACCCAUACCUUCCAGAAGGCAUCCAGAAUCUCCUGGAAGAUUCUAGCAAGGACCCUCUUCCUCUUUCACCAAAACACAUGUGUUGGGGUGGGGGACUUCCAAUUCCAAGGUCUCCUCCCAAUCUUGAUCCCCAUUCUCCCUCAAAGCACUCAGAACUCCAGAAACCAUACCAUACCCAUGGUAAGUGCUGAUGCAUCCUUCCUUCUUCCCUCUCCUUGCAGGGCCCUGAACUCAGGAACAGAGAUGUAAGGCUCCCAUAAUAGACUAGACACCAAUGUGCAGGUCCAGAGGACCACGUCUGAGAGGUCAAAACAUGGUGUGAGGAAGAGGUCGGGUGACCAUGGGUAGGAUCCUGUUUGUGAGAGAGGCCUCAUGGCAGAGCCUAGAGACGUCUCUUCAGGCCCCCAUUGGGGGCCCAACAGUAGUCCCCAGCUCCUCACCUCUCCCUCCCCAGUGACAAUUUUGAAGAGUUGGUCACCAUCCAAGGGAUGGCCAUCAAGGUUAACUGAUCCUCUGAUGACCCCUUGUCCCCCCGCUGAUGUGACAUGGCCCACUCCAGGCUCCCACAGAACCCAGGUCCUGUCUCUCAGCCCUGCCACCCUCUGAUCCUCCUCCUUCCCCUCUCUUCUCAGCUGGGCUCCAGGCAGCUAUGGGGCUGUGCUGGGUCCAGCCAGGGCGUGAAGGAGACCGUGCUACUUCACACUCCUUCAUGAUCUUGUGGACUCUGGGUGAGGGCCAGGGAGCAGAUUCCAGUCCUCAGCCAGGUGGGAUGGAGGUUAUGUUUGCAGAAUGGGCUGCCCUGGGCCCUCCUCCCCAAGUCUUCCUGGGAUCAGAGCCUCUUUUCUCACAGAGAAGCAAAAGAAGAACAGGAAACUUCCCAGAGGCGGCCAGCACAGGUGUUGGGAAAACAAAAGAGCAGGUUAUGGCCCACAGGUCCCCUGGGACAGCCCGUGGGAGGAGAGCACCCCCGGCCCAGGGUAGGCACAGAGCUCCUCUGUCCCAGGCCUUCAGGGCCGAGGUGCCCCUGGCUGGUUUUGCCUGUGGGGGGACAAAGGCAGCCCCUGUUAGGGGAAAAUCCCUCGGGCACCCGAUCGGAGACACCAGGUCUCACUUUCACACCCAGAGAGAGAUGUGUGGAGACAGCUCCCUCGGGACCUCCCAGUCCUCCCGGAUCGAGAAGACAGCUCCAUGGGCCUCUCCUUCGCCCCACCUGCCACUCGCUCACAACCAGAGAAUGGCAGCUCCAGAGGACUUCUCCGUCAUUCCUGGGUGCAUCCCAGGACCUAGCAUGAUAACCGGCAUGGGGCAGGGACACAAGUCACUUGGCAAGUCAGUUGUUUGCACAGUCAAGGAAAGAAGGGAAGGAGGGAGGCCAUUCCUGUUUCCACAUCCACGGGGCCCCUCUCACAACCCUGGCAUGUGGGCUGGUGGGGAUUGUCAUUUCCAGGGUUCCUGCCUCUACCUCAGCCUGGAUGAAGAAACCUUUACGCAUCUACACUCCACAAAUCCCCUGUUUCCUUUCUGCAACAGGGCCCUGAUAUCCAGUAUUGAUUCCAGCUAAACUUGAAAGGACCCAACCCCUUUCCUUGGCCAUUUACAUGAGGACACCGAGGCCUUGAGAGAUACAGUGGCCUCCCAGGGGUCAUGCAGCUAGGCAGUGGCCAUGCCAGAGCUCAUCCAGGGACCCCAACCCUGGUUCAUUGCUUUUCCAUAGCACAACACUGCAGCCAGAAGGGGAGAGAGGGGAGGAGGGAAGGCAAUGUCUUUCCUCCCGGAGGAAUCACAAGGAGGUGACUCCCUAGAUCCUCUUUCUCCCUUCACCACCACUAACCCGGGUCCCUGGUCUCCAACAGUCAGGAAGUUCCUCCUGAUACCUCACCUCCAUCCCCCUUCUCAAAUUCCAGACUAUUUCAUCUUAGCCUGCCUUGCCCAGAGCAGGAGAAUAGCUUGGUCACUCUCAU